AUGACAACAAGCGCACCCAGCGAGAGCAUCCGAGGAGACGCGCCUACGUUCGCCUUGGACGGUUGUGACUUCAUAAGGAACAUGAUUUGUGAAUCGGACUUUCUGGGAAUAAUCGGAUACGCUACCUAUUUCGGCCUAUUAGAGUCUUCCGACAUGCAGGAGGAGGACAUCAUUCGGGCUGUUCGUAAUCAUUGGAUGGAAUAUGAUGUCAACCCAAGCC